AUGGCCUCGCUACCUCUUAGAUGUGUCUUUGCUUUGGCUGUAGUGCAAGUGGUAUCAUCUUCUGGUGUGUUCGAGUUGAAAGUCCAUUCGUUCAACACUGCUCAGCGCAUAUGCAGAAGGCAUAGGGACUGUCACAUCUUUUUCAGAAUUUGUCUCAAACACUCAGAGGAUGUCAUCCAUGCGGAGCCACCAUGCACUUUUGGAACAGGACACACCAACGUCAUCCGCGCAGAUCAGACCUCAAUUUCCAGCAGCGCUCCUAUUAGAAUACCGUUCCAUUUUAAGUGGCCGGGAACAUUUUCGCUGAUCAUUGAAGCAUGGAACGCAGAAAUCCCUACAGAAUACACAGACAACCAAAACAACCUGGUCAGUCGCUUGGCUACCAGAAGAAGACUGGCCAUAGGCGAGGACUGGUCUCAAGACGUCCACUUCGGAGAGCAGAGCGAGCUGCGCUACUCCUAUCACGCAUUCUGUGACGAGUACUACUUUGGCGACAGCUGCGCGGAAUACUGCAGACCCCGCGACGACACUCUGGGCCACUACACCUGUGACGUGGAGGGGAACAAACAAUGUCUGGAGGGCUGGAAGGGCAACUACUGUUCUGAUCCCAUCUGUUCGGCAGACUGCAGCGCGAGGCAUGGCUACUGCGAGGCCCCUGGGGACUGCAAGUGCAGAAUGGGUUGGCAGGGGCCCUCGUGCAACGAGUGUGUGCGCUACCCGGGCUGCCUCCAUGGCACCUGCGUCCAGCCAUGGCAGUGUGACUGCAAGGAGGGCUGGGGCGGCCUCUUCUGCGACCAGGACCUCAACUACUGCACCAACCAUCGGCCAUGUGCCAACGGUGCCACCUGUACCAACACAGGCCAGGGCAGCUACACCUGUAUCUGCCGCCCGGGCUACGGUGGCACCAACUGUGAGCUGGAGACCAACGAGUGCGACAGCAACCCCUGCAAGAACGGAGGCAGCUGCAAUGACCUGGAGAACGACUACUCGUGCACCUGCCCCCAGGGCUUCUAUGGGAAGAACUGUGAGAUCAUCGCCAUGACAUGUGCCGAUGGGCCCUGUUUCAAUGGAGGCACCUGCUUGGAGAUGCUGACGGGGGGCUAUACUUGCCGUUGCCCUCCCACCUACACUGGCUCCAACUGCGAGAAGAAACUGGACCGCUGCAGCAACAGCCCCUGUCUGAAUGGUGGUGAGUGUCUAGACCUGGGUCAAAGCGUGCUGUGCCGCUGCCACUCUGGCUUUACCGGUGCCAACUGCCAGUUCAACAUCGACGACUGUGCUUCAGCGCCUUGCCAGAACGCUGGCACCUGCCAGGACGGUGUGGACGACUACACCUGCUCAUGCACACUGGGCUACGCCGGCAAGAACUGUAGCCUGCGCUCAGAUGCCUGCGGCCGUGGUGCCAGCGCCCAGCCCUGCCAGAAUGGCGGCACCUGCUUCACCCACUUCACGGGGCCCGUGUGCCAGUGCCCGCCUGGUUUCAUGGGACCCAGCUGCGAGUUCACGCUGCAGCCCAGCUUCCAUCCUGCCCCCCGACUGACCAAUAAACCUUCCUCCACCGCCCUCACAGCCUCCUGCGUCCUUGCGUUACUCGCCCUUGGCCUGGCGACGGGCAUUGUGAUGCUGCGGCGGCGCCGGCUGAGUGGCAGGAAGCAGCUGAACGACACGGCGGUGUUCAACGACCUGAAGACGGGGAUCAACCGCUUCCCCAGCGAGAGAGAGGCUUUCAUGGCGGCUAGUGGCCUGUUCAAGAUCAGCAACAGCGAUCCGCGCCUCAGCAUGGCAUCACUUGCAUCGCUUAGACCCACAGACGACAGGACGGGCCGGGGACUUGGGGGGGAGCGCCACUCAUUCUCCCCUGGACAGGACUACCUCUGGAGGGGGGACAGCGGGGCUGGGCGGAGAUGA